UCCUUUACGUGGAAGAAAGCGGAGCUGCAGGCGAUAUAUCGAUCCUGCACGACACUCCAUCGAUGUCUUCUUUACAUGAGUAAAUAUGCAUGCAUGAAUUGUUCGGCAAAACCUAACCUAUUCAAUGUCGUUCGUCAACUACGUGUACGACUCUCAUCAUGCAUGGUUUAGAUCAUCUAUAUUAGGGCUCGUCUCCCUUCACCGCAGUCAUCCGAGAGCAUGAACUCGGUCAGGACAUGGAACAGCAGCAGCAGCAAUCUGCGCCGCCCUCGGCGGUGGUCAACAAGACGGUAUCGAGCGUGGCGAGCCUGGUGAAGCUGCUGCCGAGCGGCACCGUGCUGGCCUUCCAAGCCCUGGCGCCGCCCUUCUCCAACCGCGGCGCGUGCCGGCGCUCCAACAGGUACCUCACCGCGGCGCUGAUCCACCUGUGCGCCGCCGCAUGCGCGCUCCUCUCCCUUACCGACAGCCUCAGGGGCGGCGACGGCAAGCUCUACUACGGGAUCGCCACCUUGGGGGGGCUGCACGUGGUCAACUACGAGGGGGAGGAGGAGGAGCGGGGCAGGGUGUUGAGGGACCUGAGGCGGUACCGGCUGCGGGUGCGGGACGGCGUCCACGCGGUGCUGGGGGUGGUGAUGUUCUUGGCCGUGGCCUUCAGCGACGCCGACGUCGUCGAGUGCUUCUUCCCUGAGGUAGGGGCGGAGGUGAGGCAGCUGCUGGUGAACCUGCCGCUGGGGGCUGGGCUCGUGGCCAGCGUGGUGUUCGUGAUGUUUCCGACGACUCGAAAGGGCGUCGGCUACGCGGACACGGCUCAUCACACGGAGUUGUCGUGAGGACUGAGAACGAGAGAUGAAAGAGAACAGAACACGAAAAACAAAGAAGAAGAAAAAGGAUUAGACGACGUCGACAGCAGGGUUCGAACCUGCGCGGGCGAAGCCCAACAGAUUUCAAGUCUGUCUCCUUAACCACUCGGACAUAUCGACAUCACAUAUAGUCUCUUUCGU